GGCGGGUCUUAGGAGGUGACGGGAGGAAAGGCGGUUGAGGCCCCGGUGGCGGUAUAAAUCAGGAAGUUCGAUAAUUAAAGCUGUGUGUUAAGGAUUGUUAGAGACAAAAUAACAUCGCUGAAGGAUUUCGGUUGUGUCACUGAGCGGAUUGACUGGACGAGGUAUGAAUCAGUCAUGAUGUAGUGACCGCAGUCUCUCCACACGGACACUUCCGGCAUGUCACCACCAGGAGAAGAGCACGCAGCCCUGCGACAGUGUGUUCAGGCUCGAGCGCAGCUGGAGGAGGCCAUAGCUGGAGUGAUUAAAGCUGAGGCCCAGCUCAGGGGAAACUCGAGAGAGGUGAAGUCUCAGCUUCACAGCUGUAUCAGCAGGCAUUUGGAGACGCUGCGCUCGCGGGAGGUUUGGCUGCUCGAGCAGAUUGACCUGUUGGAGCACCUGAAGGCAGAAAGUCUACAGCAGCAGUUACAGCAGCUCCACUGGCUCCGGGGCCAGUUUGACAUCCUCAUCCAUCAACUACAAAAUUCCAACAACAGCGGCCUUGCCAGCCAACUCACUAGCUGCUUGGAAAAGUUUUCUGGCGCGAGUCUGAGUCCUGAAGAAACACCAGAGAUGAGUUUUGAAGCAGAUGCCCGUUCCUUGCGCCAAGCUAUUACCUCUUUUGGGACCAUUUCCACCCAGCAGAUGUUGAAGACCUCUGCCUCUGGCUUAACCAGUCAAAGAUCACGCUCUGCUGAGGAAACAUGGCUUGUACAGAACUGCCCCGUCACUACAAAGAGACAGAAGCUGGAAGAAUGGGGAGGUCCACUUGCUGAAUGGCUUCUCACCAGCAGGCCUGUGCCCAGUACUCCAAUUGGAUACCAGUCCAGUAAUAACCCUCAGGAUUGGCUGUUAACCCCAAAAGAGAAACUUCAGGCACAUUGCCCACUUGUCCCCGUGGACUUCCAGAAGGCAUGGGGCCAGCUCAAAGAUCUAGAAGCGUGGCUCCUGAAGAAGUCACCUGCACGUGAGCGAACCAACAGCACUGCCAGCACUAGCAGCUCUGCUUUCUCCAUCGAGAAGAUUGAGGAGAAUGACUUGCUGGAAGAUGAUGUUGAGGGAGUCCAAAUGGAGAGUGAUGAGGAGACUGAGAACACUGAGGCUCUUGAUGAUUGGCUCAUCACCCCCAAAACCAACAAGUCAUUGGAGACCAGUCCUGUUUCAGAUGCAGGUAAGUGGAAGCAGGUGUUCAAACCCUUCCAUGAGACCUUCUGUCCUGCUGACUGGCUUCCAAAAUCAGACUGUGGUUCAUGCUGUGCCUCACGUGUCAAGGCAGUGGAGAUUGAGAACUUGGGGAAGCUCAAGUGCCUGAAAACUCCCCCACCUUCAAGUGCUGUUACUCCUACUACUCCCACUGUGUCUUCUGGGAGUCCUAAUCCACUGGAAGCUUGGCUCCAGCAGACCAUCCCUAUAGAAAAUACCUGCAAAGCCAAUGAGAAAUGUUCAAGCUUUGCACAGUGUGUGUGUGACACCAACUGUGGCAAGGAGGCUCUGAGUGCCUGGCUGCUUAAGAAGGAAGGCAGAGACAAGAAUGGUGUGCCUAUGGACAAGAACGCCGCCAAUAAACCAGCUAUGUUACAGGAGCAGAAGGUGCAGGCCAUCUUGGACGCCUGGCUGCAUCCCAGCAAAAGGGUAGAAGCUCCGUUUCUAUCCUCUCUGUCAGGCUGGGUUUUUCCAUGUAAGCUGGAUGGAAAAGAGAGAGCCACUUGUGAGAAGAGCUCACGCUUUAAUUUGCUCGGAGAUUCUGAGAGUCCCUUCCACAAACCCCUGAAACCUGACCUUUGGGUGCUGCCUGAAAAGAAAUGCACAGAAAUCUCUUGCAAGAACACCACGCCAGAGCCAGACGCAGAAGAGGACAAAUGGCUCCUACGGAAGCGGGCCAACGUACAGCAGGACAGGCUUGGUCUUCCCAGAGUAUGUGAUUUAUUUUCCUGUCUCAAGCUUGAUGGGGACAAGGAGAAGUGGUUACAUCAUACACCUAUACAGGUGUGAAAACUGAAUCGUAUUCAGUAAUCCUUUGGUGGACCUACUGAUUGCUGGUCAUCCCUCAUAGAAUCAUCUGUUGCCUUAUUUUAAAAUUUCUCUAGGAUUCAAGGUGUCUCUCCUAACUUUUAUUUUAGUUGUUUAAGUUUUAGCUCAACACUGCUGUCAGGAGAGAAUAAGGCUUUCCAUGCAACCAACUAACACAUUGUGUAGUUCAGCUCAUUACAGACGGAAAUCAAUGACCCUAUUUCUGCAGAAAGCCAGUGAAACAAACUUUACAUGACCGUAUAAUGUAAAGGUCAUAAAUCAGGUCCAGCUAUUCUUUUAUCUUUGAGACUGACGGAUUGAGUGAUGGGUGGGAAUAAUAAUGACAAAGCUGAUCAAGAGGUGAGAGGUUUUUGUACACCCAGAGGAGGAAAAGCUGGUUUAUUCACACACUUCAUUCCGCUGGCCUGAGGUGCAUUUUGUCUGACGUAUACGUCUUUAGAUUUUUGAUAAUAUGACUCUGGAUUAUCGAGCAGAGUUUUCUUCCAGUAUGGAAAGCUGAAAUUGUUUAAAUUGGCACCCACUGGCAAAGAUCGGCAGAUUGAAUUUAGUGCGCACAGUCCAAUAUUCUGCACAGUAUAUUUUGAUAAUUGCUCACCUUCCUGUACUUAUGGUUUGUUAGUGUAAUGGGGCAAUCUGAGUUUGGUUUUAUUCUGACCAUCACUACUGAGUAGGCAUCCUACAGUAACUCCUGAAAUACAGUGUAGCAAACCUAAGUUAGAAAGUAUGUUGAGGUAUAAGUGCUUGUUUUUUUUUCUCUCCUUUGGUCUCCUAUGUUUCUCAAAGCUUUGGUGGUCUAGAUUGCAGUGGCUUGAAGAUGUAUUUCUUUGCAGUAGAUUAAUAAAGCAAAUGUGAAGCAGAUUUAACAGGAAACCUUAUAUAAACUUUGCCAGCUCUCCCUAAAAGGACCAAGGGUUUGGUGCAAUACAUGGUAACAAAAUGUGACUAAUACCACUCUUCUGCCAGUGAUUAUUAUUAUUUUUUUAAAUAUCAUCCCUUAUUUUAAGCCCAUUGUCUCAUUCAUGCACAAAUGUAUCGCAGAUGAAUCCUACACCUAUGCUAUUUGGAGUAUUAUUACUGAUACGCUUUCUGUUCUCUGCGAUCUGUAUGAAAAUCUAACUCUUAAUAAAUAUAUUUAAACACCGUAA